UAUGAUUCUUUGAUUAAUCCACGGUCCAUAGCCAUAGAAAAAUACUCAAACAUAUUGGCGCCCAUUUCCCGCCUUACGUGUCAUCACAAAGUGUUGAGGAAAUCGAUUUAUGUUCAGCAAACAAAAUAACCCUUAUAGGUUUUUAUGGAUAUAAAACGUCUUACUGGUGAAGAUAAGCUCAAACUCAGCCGUACUUACUUCUUUGCUGGAAUCGGGUUUCUUCCUUUCCUCUGGUGGAUUAACGUUUUUUGUUUUCUAAAGGAGUUGUCUGCCCCACAGGCAUAUCCAGAGUCUAAGCUGAUUAGGAAAUACGUCACUUUCAGUUUAAUUGGAGCAUUGUCUUGGACAGUUGUCUUUGCCGUUUGGAUUAUUACUUUCCUAAAUUUCCGGGUUAGUUGGGGUGAAUUGGGGGAUCGUUUGUCGUUUAACAUACCACCUGGCAGAUUAUAAUGAAGAUGUCAUCAAGGGAUAAAGAAUGCCUCCCCAGUGGGUCUGUUUGGGAGGUUACAGACUUGCUAGCUGAGGAUGCUGUCAUCUGCGAAACCCCUAAUAUUUACACUUCUUCAUCUGGAUCUCGGCAUAUCUUCAUAUCUACGAAGUCCGGAUUUUUGAGCCAGGUGCUUUUCAUAAGUCGUCACGUGGAUCGUUUAUUAUAUAAAUAUCAUAGUUCAUCUCAGUCCGGUCCCACAAACCCACCUGAAUUUUGGAUUCACGGUAUAGGACCGCUUAGUAUUAUGAGGACAGCUGAGCUGGCUCUACACUUAAGUCAUCGAUUGUACCCUGGGCACCUCAAAAUAUCAACUUACACGAGCAGCUGUUCAACUAAGAAACAUAUUAUAUCUCAAGUAGAAAAUGAGAAAAUUUCAAUACGAGAGGUAUCGCGGACUAAAGGUGCUAUUCAUGUCCAUAUCCGUUUGGUCCCCACAUGCGAUGCUUAGAUAUUUUCAUGAAUCAUAAAAAUACCUUGAUAAAAGUUGCCAGUUCGUACCUGCAGUUUAUAUUUGCAUUAUCCCAAUGGUACCUGAAUACCAUAAUGUAUAUUAUGAGUUAAAUAAAUAGCAAAUUUGACUCUUUGUUCUUAUUUAACUUUAAGUAUUUGUUUGCUUGUUCACUGAUUCUGUUAACAUUCUGGUUACGCAAAACAAAGCUCCCGAUGGUUUUGUGCCUUAUCAUUUUAUAUUGUGUCUUGAUGGGUGGAUAUAUAUAUGCAACCAAGGGGAUAAUCUGGGACUUCUGGAGGAUCUGAUUCAACUUCAAAUUUGAGCAGAUAACAAUGGACUUUUAACACCUCAAAGCGUGAAGUAGUCCAUCUGAGACAUGUUGCAUACUACACGUAUAACUCAAGUACCUCGCUUCUAGAGGUAUCACAGAUUUAAAAUGAUCUCGGAGUCUCGGUAUAUUAUGAUCUAAAGUCUUACGCUAACUGCAACAAAAACGUCUUUCAAGAAAAUCUUUCUCUGGUAACGUCGAAGCCCAUUUUUGAUCUGAGAGAUGAUCAUUUUGCUUUCAGCGGUCAUGUCGAAUUGAUUUACUAGUUUCUCCAUUUUACUUACUAUUUAUUUCAAAAUUGACUCUGAUUAUUCUGUCACAAAAAAUUAACGAUCUCAACUAGUGAUUAUAACUUGACUAUAUUUUAACUCACAAAUGGUGUGUGGGUAUUGAUUUUGAGGUUGUUUCUUUUUCGGAGGUGGUAUCAUCUAACUUCUGCUGCCUUGGGAGAAUCGAUUAGAUUGUCUUGGUCUCCAUGGCCCGUGAUAACUAAUCCGCCGAACGUGGCGGAAGUCCCUAAGGAAAUUCAACUUUUGAAACACCACAUCACCAGACCCAAAUGAUUUACUUCUGGUCCUUUUUAAAGGUGGUUGGGACCUCCUGGUUAAGGAACUGACUGAGCUGUUUACAAAGGUCGGGAAAUUAGAGGGUGUUCUAAUAUCAUGGAAUUAGUCGAUAGUUGUUCCUAUUUUUAAAAAGGGUUCACGUCGUUUUUGCAACAGCUGUCGAUGGAUAAGUCUACUCCCGAUUGCGUUCAAACUAUUGGCUUCGAAGAUUGUUCAAAAUCCGAUAAAAUUAAUUCUUAAGGAGCAGGAUGGAUUUUAUGUUGAUUGAGGAUGUAUUGAUCAUGUCUUCACCCUCCGCCUAAUGUUAAAACAUCGUCAUACUUAAUGUAGAUUAAAAAUUGUGUUUCUCGAGAUCAGGGCCGCCUUCGAUCGAUAGGAUUCGAUCUGUCAAUAAAAGGACGAGCAUACUGCGCGGCAGUCCGUUCUGUUUUACUUUACUGCAGCGAAACAUGGCCAUUAAGAGUAGAAGACACUCGUAAGCUACUAGUAUUUGACCACAGAUGCCUUAGAAAUAUUGCUGGGAUCACCGGGUAAGUAAUAGUGAGGUUAGACGCAGGGUAUUAGGGAAGGAUGGUAAAUCAAUCGAUGAGGUUGUGAAUCUUCAUCGACUGAGAUGGUUGGGCCACGUGUUACGUAUGCCUGAAUACCGAUUACCACGACGUGCAAUGCUAUCCGGUAUUGGAGGUUGUUGGAAGAAAGUUAGUGGCGGCCAAACCAAAACGUGGCAUCAGUGCUUGAAGUCACUAACUUCUAGUCUGAGCCAUGUUGGUAGAUGCAGACUACUUGGUCGGGGUCCGCGUGACGAUCGUAACUAGUGGUUGGAGACUCUUGGUGACAUGGCUCAGAAUCGAUCACAAUGGUGCAGGUGUAUACUUUCUCUGUCUUCCCUUAAACUAAGAGAUUAAAAUCGCUUCAUAUCUUUCUUUCUACGAACCAAUUUUUUCUUCUUGUACUAUAUAUCUAUAUGCAAUCUUUCUCUUAUAUAUGACCACCUUUGACCUAACCACUGCUAUGAAUCCGGUGUUCAUCUUGUUGUGCUGAUGCGGUAUGGCAACCUGGACCGAUGCACAUAUGUGCCUGGUCCUACGUUGUAGCUGACUGACUGGAUCUGGCACAUGACACUGGUCACUACCCAGUAAUCAAUCAUUUGUUUCAUGGUGAAGGAGUAGGUUGAGAGAAAGCUAGGGGUGGCCAAACAAAAGCAUGGCACAGAUCCAUGAAGUCAUUGGCAAGUGGGCUGAGCCAUAUUGGUAGGUGUAGACUUCCUGGUUGGGAUCCGCGAGACGAUAGCAACCGAUUGCCCGGCACUUCCACAUUGCAACAAGCAGUUGCCACACUUGCCCCCAAAUGCCCUGAUAUGGCCGAGAGCGGGGUGGGUUCGCCCUCCCUCUCGAAAUACUCUCACACGGCCACGCGUAUACAGCCUCUGCCAGGGAAGUCCUACCCACUGCCUUCUCGUGGCGGGGGUGUUGUUUACGAAAAUGAGAGGACGGAAAGCGAAUGUCCGGUGCUUUAACCGGAUCCCAAACCGAUGGUGCACAUGGGCUCCUGUAUCCUGCGGGAACAAAUGGCGUAUGAACCAAUUUCUUGGUCACCGGCUACCAUGGGACUGCAUCUCCUCACGAUGCUCCACUGCCUUGUGGAUUAGACCUCUAGGUCAAAGGCUCGGGGUGUGGCCCCCUAAGAAGACCACUUGGUUCGGUCUGGGCACCCGGGCAGUACCACAGCCCACGCACAAUUAUGAUGAACUAUUCUAUAUUUAUAGAAAAUACUAUUCUUGCUGCGAUUAUGAGAGACUUUGAAUGACAUGGCUCAAAAUCGUUUACAAUGGUGCAUGUGCAUCUACUCUUUGUGUUCGGCCAAAUUCUAAUCUCCUGAAUCCUUGUCUCUUUUGUUCUCUUUCCAAAUUUAUUUCACUGGAUUAUACUCCAUGAAUAACAUCUUCAAACCCUAAUAUUUCCGAUUACUACUUAUACUCUUACUACAUCUAUCACUACGGGAUUUGAAUCGACCACUGCAUCUCUGUGCUAAUGUGGUGUGGUAACUCGAAGUGAUGUACGUACGUACGAAGUCCUACAUUGUGACUGACUGAAUCAAUCAUUUGUGUACCUGGGAAUCUUUUGUCAUCAUGUACAAAACCCACAGGCAGAAUGAGGACACUAACCACCUCACUCCAUUGUUCCGUUCAAGCAAUGGGGUUAUCCAGGGUUGCCCAGUCUCGACAUUCCUCCUCUACUUUGCCAUUGAUGACGUCCUGGAAGUAGCUCUGAUGAAUGUAGGUAAUGGUGGUGUGGAUCUGUUGUCUGGAGAAAGACUUUUCGAUAUUAAGUAUGCGGAUGAUAUUGUAUUACGUAGAUAAUACACAAGCCAUGCAAUCCUCACUUAAUCAGUUGUCAAUCAGUAUUCGUAGGUAUGAAAUAUAAUGCGCGCCUUGUAUGUAAAAAGUACUCCUACAAGACUGGAAGGACCAUGAUCAUGCACUCACCCUGGGUAGUGAGCAGAUAAAAGUAGUCGAGAAGUUCAUGUAUCUGGGUAACUGCAUAAGUGCUGGUGGUGGUGGCAUGAGUGAUGAGAUCAAUUAACGCAUAGUGAAAGCCAGAGCAGCUUAUGCCAAUCUGGGUCAUCUUUGUCGCCUUCGUGAUGUCCGUCUGGCUGUAGAAGGUUGGAUCUAUAACACGUUGGUGAGAGUAGUUUUGCUCUAUCCUUGUGAAACCUGGCCUUUCCGAAUGGAGGAUGUUAGGCGGCUCCUUGUGUUUGAUCAUCGUUGUCCUUGACCCCCCACAAUAUUGAGAAAUAUUUAAUUUAAACUACAGACUACUUAGUUUUUACAAAUUGAUUCAACAACCACUGUAUCCCGGUUUUCAUAGAAUUCCAAAGUCUCUAAGAGUCGAUCUCUUGAACUAGAUUUACUUGAAUUUGAGGAACCAAGGCCUAAUAAUUUUCCUAUUCUGGGUGAGUUUUACCAUGCGUCUAGGUUUCUAAUCCCUCUACACUAUUUAGUUUGGCAAUUUUGACCAUACUUAUUCAGCCAAUUUUGAAUAAUCAAAAUAGUUUCAUUACUCAAAAUGAGAGGGUGUAUUUGGUUGUUAACAGUCGAAUGAUUACAUAUUUAUUUUGUAUUCGCAAACUACUCAGUCCCAAAUAGUUUAUAUUGAUCCUUAGUAAAAACGGAUUUCAAACAAUGGUUUAGUUUCUUAAAACUGCAGAAGUCAUGACCACUGUAAUGACUUCACUUAUUAAAUCUCUAUCUUAAUUACCGGUGUAAAUAUCUAAGUUAUUAUUAAUCAUGAUUAUUUUUACAGCAUAUUUACGUGUAUAUUUAACGAAAAUAAGCACUGGUAUAACUGGGAACCAAAAUAAAUAUAUGAUGCACAAAUAAGGUAAUGAGAUUAUAAAGAGUAAGAGGAAGGAUUAGGAGUGUAAUUAACAACAAAUAAGUCAAUAAAAAUAAAUGAAUGAGAGUACUACAUAGUCGAAAAAAUAAUUUCAUUGAAAAUAUAAUCAGAAAUAAUUAUUGCGGAGAGUCCCUCUCACAUUUGAUAAAUAAUAUCAAAUAAAACUGCAGAAGGAUCGUCAAUGUCUCAUGUUCAGAGACAUGUUUGAUGACAUCUGAAGCCACUGUGUUGCACAACCUUUAGGUCCCCAAUCAGAAUAUUGUCAUGAAUCGACAAGUGCCAGUCGUACUCAGCUUUCUUUCAUAUCACAGCGGCAUACUAUAAACUGAUCGCCUCCGCUUUUCCCAUCGCUUCCUGGUGUUGGUAAAUACUACACCACAUGGAGGCCACUGGGACAUCUGUGAUAUGUAUCCAAGCCACUAAAGCUGGUGUUUGAAGAUAGUGAUACCAAUUAAGUUAUCAUCGCUGUCCUUGAACACAACUACAUAGAUGCAUAAACGUUUUAGCUACAUCUGAUGAUUCAUUACCAAGUGUGAGUACAGGUACAGACCACUUCUAGUGUUUUAAAAGUAGCUUGCAUUUAGAUUAAAAAUGCAUAUCAUAACCAUAGAUACUAAUUGGCAAUCCACCAAGUGCGAUUUGCAUAUAUUGUGUAUCAUCACACACCACGGCAAUAUCACCCGUCUUCUAAACUCCGAAAAAUCCUCCUCAGGAUAACAGAUUUACACCAUCACUAUCUACUUACAUCAGAGUUGUUUUCAGAAGCGUCAUUGAUCGUAAAGUCGAAAACGAAUGAUGGAAUUCGAUAAUUAUGUUUAACCACACUGCUUAAGUGGAACGAUGGAGGAAGUUGGUUGUACACCCUCACUCUAUUUGAGGUGUUUAUGUAAAGAGCCUUUAAGAUUUUAGUAAACUC